AUGCCAGCUGGUCAUACGCUCUCGGUCUCAUGCGUGUCUUGUUUUCCACAGGACGGCUGCUAUCCAGUUCCCCUGGUCUCACAUAACAGUCAUACGGAGGCAGCACUCACUCCACAGGGGGCAGACGGCAGCUACAAAGGUGGCCUGGAAGAUGGUCAUCAGACAGCCCUGCACCGGGCAGCUGUUGUGGGAAACCGUGAUGCAAUCUCUGCCCUCAUCCAUGGAGGCUGUGCACUUGAUCUACAAGACAAGGAAGGAAACACUGCUUUGCAUGAGGUAUCAUGGCAUGGCUUCAGUUCAUGUGUAAAGCUACUGGUCAAAGCUGGAGGCAAUGUCCAAGUGAAGAACAAAGCAGGAAACACACCUCUGCAUCUAGCAUGUCAGAAUGGACAUUCCCAUACCGCUCGAGUUUUAUUACAAGGUGGAGUGAUGCCUGACAGCAAAAACAAUGCAGGUGACACUUGUUUACACAUUGCUGCACGCUACAAUCACUUGGCCAUGAUUAAGAUCCUCUUGGGUUCUUUCUGCUCUGUGACUGAGAAAAACCAGGUAGGAGACACUGCGCUCCAUGUCGCUGCUGCCCUAAAUCACAAGAAAACUGUCAAUCUGUUACUGGAAGCUGGAGCUGACGCAAACAUCAGAAACAACACAGGCCACACUGCUCUUGAUAAAGCCCGGGACAACAACAACCGAGAUUUGGCUAUUCUUCUAGCAAGAUCCAAUCAGUUGCAGAGGUUUGCUCGUGGAAAGACAGUGAGAAAAAGAAGAGAUGUCUUGGGGGCCCAUAGGAGAACUCAGUCCCUCCCCAGAGUUCCUUCCUCCCGACAGAAGGACUGCACUGAAGUGGCAGAAGACACUAACAACUGUGAUCAAGUACAUCACAGGAUACAACCUGAACAGAACACAGCAACUUUGAGCCCCGGCACAAGGAGAAAGAUCCGGAGCCCAAGAAUAAAGUUGGACCAUGUGUUCCGGAGAGAGUAUCAGCUACAUGAGAGAGGAUCUCCAUCCCAGAGAGUAAAACACAGCAGCACCAGCUCUCAGGAGGAAGAGGAAACUCCUGGAAAAGCCUAUCAGCUUUAUACACUUUACAGGGAUAAAGAUGGACAGAUAAAGCAGGCUCCUGCGAAUGACUGUCAUUGUAAGCCCCUCAUUAAAAUGCUGGAGAAUAAGCUGAAAGCCGCAAAGAUGGAGAUGAGGUCAGAAAUUCACACAGUCCAAGAGGAGAUGAACUGCAGGCUGGGCAGAAUAGAGCAAAAAAACAAGCAUCAGAUUAAAGUUCUUGAGAAACUCAUGCAGGAGCAUGUGUCAGCUGAGACAAUGGAGUGUCAUUAUCGAAUCAAUCAGAGAGCCACCCUGGAACGCUUGGCGGAUGAUAGAAAACAGGUAGCUGCUACCAAUGCUGUGAAAAGCUGGUGCAUGUCUAAGAUUCAGGAUCUUGACGUGCGAAUGCCUGCAGAGACACAAUACUACAAACUUCUGCGCUCUCCAUCAGUGGAUCACUCUCUGGUGGACUUAGACCCUGAGGGUCUCCCACUGCUGUCACUUAUCUCUGAGGAGAGCUCCAGCUCCCUGGCCACCUAUGUCAAUGUGUUACCCAGCCCAGGAGCAGGUCCAAACAAUGAUGUGAAAAGUCUUGAAUGUGGGGAU